CCCCGGUUGGAUUAUUCAAUUGGAACUGAGGUUGUUAGGAAGCCGAGAGCCUGCUCGUCAUCUUCCGUUGACAGUCCGGGGCGGUGGUGUUGUUUACGUCCACCAGGUGCCGAUCCGUUCGCGCGUCGAUCUAUCGACUCGCGGUUCAAUCAACAGCACCACUUAGAAACUAUAUCAGGAAUAGAUCUCGGGCGCUUCGGUCUUUGUUCGCAUGCGCUACGCACAUCAGAUUCCAUCAAUCGCGAAACAACUAUGCACCCAUGGACGAUAACGUAAAUCCUUGAUCAUGUCAGGCAGCUAUUCCUCUCGCUUUGUGGAUGUGUCCACGGCCCUCUCCUCGCAGGGCAAAGUCAGUAUCAUUGGCGUUGUGGUCGAUGUCUUCGGUGGAGUCUGGAAGUCCCGGGGCUCUUCCAGCUGCAUUACCUUCACGAUCAAGGACUCGGGACUCGAUAACGGCCAUACGUGGGAUGGCUUGAAAAUCAAGUAUUUUAAAGAUAAUGAGAGCCAUCUGCCCCCCGUGCAAGUCCGCGACGUAAUCCUGCUGCGAAAUCUCACCGUGAAGCCAUUCAAAGGAGAUCCUCUAGGAGUCGCCGCCCACUACGACGAUGUCCCGUGGGCAAUCUUUCGCUUGGACCCGGAUCCCAUGUCCAGUCCUGCUCCCCUAUGUGGCCCUUCAGACUUCGAGCCAUCAUCUUCCGAGAAGAUACACGCUUUGAAUCUGCUGAAUAGCGCUGCUGCGGUCAAUGGCUUCCGCAAAGCUCCAGCGUAUGAUGUCCCGCGUGGACCCAAUGUCGUUCAAGCUGCAAUAUCAAAUCCCAAACCGUGGGACCAGAAAAGGCUCACUCUUAUCAAGGAUAUCGAAGAGCGGACGUUUGUUAGCCUCCUUGGGGAAAUCGUCAAGAUCUACACCAAUGACAGUGAAAAGGUCCUCCUACAUCUCACUGAUUAUACAAUUAAUGAAAGUCUGCAAGACCAUCAACUAGAUGAUGGCGGCGAUGAGGGCUACGGCGCUGAGGGAGAUAUCUAUGGGUACCAAAAACGGCCCAAGAAAAAGUGGACAGGGCCGACUGGCCGAAUGUCUCUUCCAAUCACGUUAUGGGAACCCCAUGCAUCCUAUGCGCGCCAGCAUCUCAAGGCAAACGACCUUAUCCAACUAAGCAAUGUCCAUGUCAAGCGGAGCCGCAUAAAUGGGAUACUAGAAGCCAGUGUCCAUACAAACCGCACGAAUCCAAACUUGGUCAAUGUACACACCGUGGACCAUCGGAAAGAUGCACAUGCCGAAGAGUUCAUACAGCGUAAGACGGAAUAUUGGAAAUCCAAUCCCCGGAAGCGGGAAGCAGAAAGUGAAAACCAGCAGCCACCCAAGAAAAGUGCUAAGAAACAACGAAAGAAAUUUCAAAAAGUGGAAGAAGGCCAGGUGCCUAUAACAACCGCAAACAGCAAGCGGUAUGCACCAAAUGAGAAUAUCAAGGCAGGCAAUCCGUCUGUCCCAACAAUGUCCCUCGAAGCUAUCCUAUCCAACAAAUUUCAUGACAAUACCUCAUACGAUAAAAUUGAAUACCGUCUCCCAUUCCAAAAUUUCUGCUAUCGAACAACAGUCCGCGUGGUUGACUUCUUUCCCCCAAGAUUGGAAGACUUUUCCGUCCCAGAAGACGCUUCUGAUGACGAGACGGGUCCGGGAGACCCUAAUCGUUUCAUUAGAUGGGAAUGGCGAUUCUGCAUUCUCGUCGAAAGUGUCCCUCCCCCACCCGCAGGCCAAGCAAAGGAGCAGAUGAGAUUAUUUGUAGCUGGCCCUAAUGCAGAGUAUCUGCUGGGGCUGACCGCAGUCGAUCUCAGGCGAAACCCGCAUGACUUGAAAGAUCUGCGGGAGAAGCUCUUCAUUAUAUGGGGCGACCUUGAGGAGCGCAAAAGGAUGGCCUUGCAUGAUGGCAAACAGGACCUAGGCCCGGUUUCCUGCAGGCCUUUCAGCUGCUGUGUCCAAGAAUAUGGUGUCUUGUGCAGCCAUCGCCCCGACACGGAGAGUACGAAUAACGAGGACGAUGAGAAUGGCUGCAGCCACGAUGACUGUUUCGGAUGGGAUAGGCGGUUUGCUAUGUUUUUGACUACUAUUGCGUAACAUUUCUGCGGACCUUCAAGAAAUACCCUUUUUUUCUUUUUGGAAAACAAUUGUGGACACUAAGCCAUCGACUAGUAUCCAUGUGUCAUAGAAUGGCAAUGCAAAGUUCGGGUCUUUGCACCCCAAGGUCGGUUGCAGGAAGUUUAGAACUACAGUAGGGAAUUCUACCCUUAUUGACCGCCUGCCGGCAUGAUGUCUAUUUACCUCCUUACUGUUGGAAGGCUUAGGCGCCCGUGUUCCCCGAG